UUUCUGUCAACUUGUAACGACGUCGUGUGUGUAUUGUCGUGUUUUACAUUUUACUCUAUUAUUUUUAUUUACUAAAAGCUCUGCAAAGACUGAUCCUAUUAAAUUAAAAGGGAUUUAUUAGUUCAACCAUAAUUUUUCAUACACCCGUAAGAAAUGUCGGACGAUGAAAUCCAAAAAAACAAUGGUGCUGCUGAGCCCGAACAAAGAGAAAACGGAGGUGGCGAUGAAGGCGACGCAUCGGGAAGACAUGGGUCUUCGGACAGAACUCGCUUCGCGAAGAUGCCCGUCGAUAGAAAUGCUCCUUACUACAACAUGAACCACAAGAAUCGAGGUAUGGCAAUCAUUUUCAACCACGAGCACUUCGACAUCCAUAGCUUGAAGCCUCGCACAGGCACCAACGUAGACAGCGAUAACCUUGCAAAAGUGCUUAAGAGUUUGGGUUUCACUGUAACUGUCUUCCACAAUAAGAAGUCUGAAGAUAUUAACAGUUACAUCAAACAAACCGCAGAGAUGGACCACUCUGAUUCAGAUUGUUUGCUUAUCGCAGUCCUAACUCACGGAGAACUAGGCAUGCUCUAUGCAAAAGAUACUCACUACAAACCAGAUAACUUGUGGUACUAUUUUACUGCUGAUAAAUGUCCUACAUUAGCAGGCAAACCCAAACUGUUUUUCAUUCAAGCUUGCCAGGGUGAUAAAUUGGAUGGAGGAAUAACCUUGGUCAACCGCACAGAGACGGAUGGAUCAUCUAAUACGCAAUACAGAAUUCCUAUACAUGCUGACUUCCUCAUUGUAUACUCUACUGUUCCUGGAUACUAUUCUUGGAGAAACACUACCCGCGGAUCCUGGUUCAUGCAGGCUUUAUGUGAAGAGUUGCGUUAUAAUGGAACCGAACAAAACAUACUGACACUCUUGACAUUUGUUUGUCAAAAAGUUGCUUUGGAUUAUGAAUCUAACACCCCUGAUAUGAUGAUGAUGCACCAGCAAAAACAAGUUCCAUGCAUUACAAGUAUGCUCACCCGUUUACUUGUAUUUGGAAAGAAACAAUAAGUACUUUAGUAUAAUAAUUUUCUUUAUUUUUACCUAUGUUUAGGUAUUUAGUUUGUAUGGUUGUCCUUGACAUAGCUGGGCAUUAACUCGUUAAUCCGUUAAUCGUUAAUUAACGAAGUUAACAUUUCUAUUAACGGAUUAACUGUUAAGUUAACUUUAAAAAAUGUUAACGGACUCGUUAACUUCCGUUAAAUUAUCCUAAGUCCGUUAAUCGUUAAUCCAGUACCUACUAUUUACCAAAAAGAUACAGCAGGCACGCUGAAAAAUGCUAGAAAAACGCGUUCUGACAAGUACGUUCUGGCUUCCAGAACUUCCAGAACCCAAAACAACAGUUUUUGUAACCAGAUCACUAACGACACUUGUUAGUAUGUGUGGGACAACUCUUGCAACUGAAUUUAAGACCAGUUUUCCUCAACCAAUUGAGCUGAAAUUUGGUAUACUUAUGAAAGUACCUACGAUGACAAUGCAAUGUUACAUAUGGUAUCAUUGAGCUGGUCUGAUGAUGGAGUCAUGAGGUGACCAUAGGAACUCCUAAACGAAACGGCGGCAUCGCAUCGAAUUUAGGUUCGUUAGAUUUGUCUUUUCGAGCACUUUAGUACUAGAUGAUGUCCAGGGUCCUGAUGAUGGAGUCAGGAGGUGGCCAUAGGAAUUCCAAAACGAAACGGUGGAAGCUUAUCGAGUUUGGGUUUGCUGGAUUUGUCUUUUGGAGCACUUUGGUGCUAAAUUGUAUUGUAAUUGAACGAAGGCUCUGAGAUUGAGAUACUACUAAAAAGUGUAAAAUAAAAUUAUAGUAAUUAAAAAACUUUUUAAAAACAAGCUUUUAUUCUGAAAUUCAGUUGUAAAAAAUAAUUGUGCUAAUGCAAGGUUCAAAUAAUUUCGAAAGCUGGUAAUUCCAUGCGCGAUACAAGCAAGUCGAAAUUAUUUGAACCUUGCAUACAAUUAUUUUUUUCGUUUUAUUAUCAUGUGUUAACGGAUUAACGAUUAACGUUAACUUGCGUUAAAUCUUGCGAAAUGUAACGUUUUACCGUUUAACGAAGUUAAUUUUUUUAUUAACGGUUUAACGAUUAACGAAGUUAACUAUUUGAUUAACGGUGCCCAGCUAUGGUCCUUGAUACGACAGACCAGUAACAUUAGUAAUAGUUUCAAUAAAUACUUUGUUAUUUAUUAUACCAGUACCUUAGACCAGUCCAUUAACUAGGUCACAUUUGCCAUGAGAUUAAUUAGUUUUCUUCUAAAUUAAUAAUAAUUUUGAAGAGCUUUGAUAAAAAACAAGGCCCACCAAGUUACAUGUUACAAAAAAAUAUAGUCUUAUAAGUGCAUGUUCUUUGUCUGGUAUAGAUAGAAAAUUGACAAAUCCUCUGAACGUAGAUUAAAAAACCAUGCACAAUGUAGUUCUCUGCCAUAAUAAGUGAUAUUAUAAGGAUCUUUUGUACUUAUCUAAUACCCAUUAAGAUAAAAAAAAAUGGUGGUUUGUCAAGAUUUAUCUAUAUUUGGCUGUGUAAAACCAUUGAAGUCCUUACCUUAUUGUAUUUUAUCAUCCAUUAUUAAUAAUUAGAAAAAAAAUUAGUAAAACCUUUUAAAAUUUUUAGAUGUACUAGUAGUAUGUAGCAUCUUGUUAUAUUUUAAGACAAUGAGCUCAAUUUUAUGUUUGUUAGUCGCUAAAUUUUUACUUUUUCUUAGCUAAUGUUAUUGAUGCAUUUCAUUUUUAGUACUGAUUGUACUUAAAGCAUGAACAAUUUUGUUUAUUUUAACUAUGGUUGUAGUAGUGAAAUUAAAUAGUACAAUAAGUAAUAAUGCAAUUUUACGGUCUUUUAUGUACAUAUCAUUAAUGUACCUACCUAAAAUUAUGGAAAAUGUUGUCACUUCUCAAUAACUCCUUGUCUUCUUUUCAGAACAAAGAUUUUUCUACAUAAUGUCAUUUUGUUAUGUUUUAUAGUCUAAUGAAAUAAAUAAGGUUGUUUAGGAUCAUGUAUCCAACAUGGUAAUUACUGUGUGAUGUUGUUUAAUUUUGUUUUUAGCAUUUUAGAAAGAACAAUAUAACAUAAUUAUGUACCUAUUUCAUAUUUUGUUCAGCCUUUUGCAUUUAUUUUCUAAUUUAGUAUAAAAUAGAUUUUAAACUGCCAGCAUAUUGAUUAAAGUUUCAAUUAUGUAUAAUAUUUGUGACAUCUCAUAAUGCUUAGGAUUAAUAAUGCGUAAAUAUUUUAAAAAUAAUAUAGAUCUGUAAAGACAGUAUUAAAAUUACAUGCCAACGUACGUAAAUUAUAUUUGAUGAAGUGGACUGUGUAUCAUUGAACUAGUUUUCAAUAAGCCCAAUAUGUGUAGAACUGAUUUGCCUCUAUCGCAAUUGGUGCUUUAUGUAUGUCUAUUAAAAAUAAGUCAAUACAAAUGACAUGUUAUGUCCAUUGUCAGUAAAUUUACAUAAAAUAUAAUAAGUUUUGUCUAGAUUGCAAGUGAUAAUAAAACUGACUGAUUUUAUUUAGGGUAGAAUACCAAAUAUCUGUGAGGAAUAAUUACUACACACCCUCAAAUUAAUGAGAGUAUAUCUACUUAAAUGACGGGUUAAUGUAUUGUUUGGAAAUUGUGCCUUUUACAAAACUGAAAGAAAUAUUUUUAGAUAAAUUAAAAUAAUAUAUUAUGACCAAAAUUUUAGUAAGACAGUAAUUUCCUCAUAGGUCUUUGAAGGCUGGAUAGAUGGACUUGAUGUAAUAUUGGUAACAAAACUUAUUUUUAUAUUCAUCUAAGCAAUAAAGUUUCUUCCUAAUGAAA